GGUCUGGCAUCUCUGAUUUGUUUACAUGUUCAACAUCAGCACGUUUCGGCGUUUCGUAAAAAUUACAAACGUUGCUGUUUGUGUCAUACUUAAAACAGUUAAAGUAAGAAUAUUAUCGUAAAAUGGAAACCAAUAUCCAGUCAGAAAAAGCAAGACUAGCAAAAAUUGAACAUGAAAUUCAUCAAUUACGUGCAGUCAUUGAAGGUACACGUAGCAACAAUAGUCUAGCAAGCGAUAACCCGGAACUUGGAAAGCUACAAGUAGAAAAUAUGAAGCUUAAGCACCGUUUGGAAAUUCUCAACCGAGCAAUUGCAGCUGAACGAAAUGCAUCAUCGGCGAACCAAUCAGGAGGACCUAUAUCCAUACUAGAAACAUUAACCUCGCUUUUCACAGAAGCAAUUGCCACAGCAUUUCCUGAAGUAUGCAAAGACGUUCCGACUGUGAUAACAGUUUCAAGUUCACCCAAAUUCGGUGACUAUCAGUGCAACAAUGCAAUGCAAUUGGUACAAAAGUAUAAGGCAUUAGGUGUUACGAAAAAUCCUCGUGAUAUUGCCAGCCAAAUGAUGGCGGAACUACCAAAGUCACCGAUUAUAAGUAAAGUGGAAAUUGCCGGUGCAGGAUACGUGAAUGUAUUUUUGGAUAAAAAUUUUAGCGCAUCAGCAAUUAUGUCAAUACUACAACAAGGGGUGAAACCACCCCGUUGCGAGAAGAAACGUGUCAUAGUUGAUUUCUCAGCACCAAACAUUGCCAAGGAAAUGCAUGUUGGACAUUUACGAUCCACCAUCAUUGGAGAAUCAAUCAGUCGCUUUCUAGAGUUUCUUGGCCAUGACGUUCUUCGUCUGAAUCACGUUGGCGAUUGGGGUACUCAGUUCGGAAUGUUGAUUGCUCAUUUACAGGACCGCUUUCCUGAUUAUGUGAGGAUUUCUCCGCCUAUUGAAGACUUGCAAGCUUUUUACAAAGAAAGUAAAGCACGAUUUGAUUCCGACGAAGAGUUCAAAAAACGUGCCUAUAGUUGUGUAGUGAAGCUGCAGAGUGGAGAUCCCGCAUCACUGAAAGCAUGGACGUUAAUUUGUGAUGUUUCUCGCAGGGAAUUUCAACGUAUAUACGAUCGUUUGGAUGUAACAAUCAUUGAGCGGGGGGAGUCGUUUUACCAGAAACGGAUGGAAGUUAUUGUUGAAGAAUUGUCUUCACAAGGAUUUCUAGAAGAAGAUGACGGUAGAAAAAUAAUGUGGGGCGAAAAUCGAGAAGCGAUUCCACUUACUAUUGUGAAAUCAGACGGUGGCUUUACUUACGACACCUCGGAUAUGGCGGCAAUCAAACAGCGUCUGCAAGAGGAGAAAGGUGAAUGGUUAAUUUAUGUUACAGAUGCUGGACAGGCCACACAUUUUCAGGUAGUAUUCUCCUGUGCACGUCGUGCUAAAAUACUUGAUCCAACUGUGCAUCGUGUUGAUCAUGUUGGAUUCGGUGUUGUGUUAGGAGAAGAUGGCAAGAAAUUUAAAACUCGUUCAGGAGAUACAAUCAAACUGACCGAACUGCUAGACGAGGGGCUGAAGCGAUCGCUUAAUAAAUUAUUAGAUAAAGAACGAGAUAAAGUACUUACACCAGAGGAACUCAAGGCAGCGCAAGAAUCUGUCGCAUACGGCUGUAUUAAAUAUGCUGAUUUGUCCCAUAACCGAAACAACGAGUAUAUUUUUUCUUUCGAUAAGAUGUUGGAGGACAAAGGCAACACAGCUGUGUAUUUGCUCUAUGCUUACACUCGCAUUCGUUCUAUUGCUCGUAAUUGUGGUGGAGAUUUUGCCAACGGCAUCGAAAAAGUGAUUGCCAGUACCAAGUUAAGCUUAGAACAUGAAAAAGAAUGGAAACUAGCUAAGGUACUACUGAAGUUUACGGAUGUGAUGAAACUCAUUUCAGAGAAUCUGUGCUUGCAUCAUCUCUGUGAUUUCGUUUAUGAGGUUAGCACUACGUUUACUGAGUUCUAUGAUGUCUGUUACUGCAUUGAGAAAAAUAAACAAGGGGAAAUAGUUAAAAUUAAUGCUGGUCGGGUAUUGUUGUGUGAAGCAACCUCACGAGUUUUGAAAAAAUGCUUCCAUAUACUAGGUUUGAAGCCGCUGCACAAAAUUUGAAUUCUGUUUUAAUUUUUUGGACUUCAAUAAAAGUUAUACAAAUAUUUGAAUAUUUCA